CUCUUUUAAAUAAGUGCUUUUUCGGUUUUGGAAAUAGCAAAAGAUGGCUCUUUCUGGAAAGUUAAUUUGUUUUUUAGAGAUCAGUAAGAAGGGAGAUGUCUUCCUUGAUAUCUUUAGAUACAACCCAGACGAGUUUUCUGCAAUAUGCCCUCAUAAGGUUCAUGCAUGUGAAUUGAUUGAAGGUGAUCGGGGGGCCGUUGGAUCUCUCGUCCAUUGGCAUUACACUCAUGAGGGAAAGAAGAAAAUUGAUAAAGCCAUAAUCGAAGCUGUUGAUGAGGAAAAGCAGAAGAUAGUGUUCGAUGUAAUCGGAGGAGAUCUAGUGGAGGAUAAAUACAAGACCAUGAAAGUAAUAUUUCAUACUGAAAAAAAGGUGUGA